AAUGGCCAACCACAUUGUUGUAUCUAUCUAAUUUGUUUUUCUCCAUACAGGCAUCUAUCUUAGACCUUUGCAUUUACCAACUUCCAAUUCAUGGAGUCACAAAGAAAAGGUCUUUGUGCCUUUUCCUUUUGUCCAUCAUAACCACCCAAUCCUAGAGACCUUUUUCUAUUCUCAUUUAUAACUACCAACCUAAUCUGUUAGAUAGAGAAACUUGGUUAACAAAUUAAGAUAAGAGCCAAAAUGAAGUUAUUUCAAUGGGUGCAUCGAAAACUUCAGCAGAAUAGUAUCGAUCCCUCCAAGGAUUUCACUCUUGCUCCAAUUUCAGGAAAUCCUUGUCUUACAGUGCAGCUAACGCUCGAGAGCCAAUACUCUCGAUCAAAGCCAAGCGUUAGUUCUGUUAAUAACCACCCUAGUUUCAUAACGCCGCACCAUCAGGAAAGUCAGACAUCUUGGUGCAGAGAAGAAGAGACAACUGCAGUCAUCUCUGAGCUCUUUGAAGGCUUUCUGACAAUCGGAACACUUGGUGCGGAGGCAGUUACAAAUGAGCCAGCAACACCAACAUUUGCCACGUCUUUAGAAAACCAACCUACCAAAGACGCAGACGUGACAGAGACUGAACUGAAGCUCAUUAGUUUCGAGCUUGAGAAAUUCCUUGAGGCUGAAGAAGAAAGUUUCUACGAAUCAUCGGGAAGAUGUAGCCGUCUUAGCAACACCACACUUAGCGAAAAGCAAACAGAUGGAUUCGAAGCUGAAGAUUGUGGAAACAAGGCUGUAUUUCCACUGCAAGGAUAUUUAUUGGGGUCAUUGUUUGGAAUACCGGAGAAAGUAGAAGCGAAGAAAGAGAGGGCAUCACUUGCUGAGCUAUUUCAAAGGACAAAGACAACAGAUGAAGAAUGUAUAGAGACAAGAGUAAAAGAGACACAAGUCAAGCAUGCACAUAAGUCUGCCAUGCAUAUUAUGAAAAAGAUGUUGAAAAUGGUUCACAGCUCUUCAAAAAACUGUAAAACCGCAGGGAAUAUCGCUGAUUCUACUACAACCAAUACAAAGUUCAGUAAGGUUUUACGUAAGUUUCACAGAAAAGUCUAUCCUGAAGAUACCAUGAAUGCAAAAAGUGUAACUAAAUCCCACAAAGGAAAGAUAAAAAAUCUUCCCUGUGAUAUUGGAGAAACCACAAACACAGAUCCUGGAAGAAGAUUUCAUUCCGGUGGCAUGUCUAAAAAAUGGUUUAAAGACUGUGAGACCAACUGGAACCAUAGCCUGAAUUGUGGAAGUUCGACUGGGAAAAAUGAGCAUUGGAUCAAAACAGAUACAGAGUAUUUGGUGCUGGAGCUGUAGCAACUUAAGCUUUAUGAAAGUGGUAAUAAAUUGAGUCUCUAUACUGGACUUCUCAAGACUAGUAUUUCAUAGUGUGAUUGUGUUGUGCAUGUACUUUUGAGUGGAAACUGAUAUUGCAUUCAAUAAACUUGUGAGUUUCAUGAGAGCUUCCAAAUAAGUAGACACUUUGCAAUUGCAUCAAACUCAUUUGGAAGCUAGUUUCGUGUGAGUUCUUAAGCUAGUUCCAACUAAACUAGUUAUGCAUGAACUUUUGGUUACUUGUAUUUGUUGCAUAUGAAUUCUUAAAAGUCAUUAUUGCCUCGCAUGUGAGGUAAA